UAAUCCUCUUUUCUGUUCCCAUUUGUGUUUUUGUUUUUGUUUUGUGCUUAAGAAAGAGCUUCCUUUCUGCCUCAUUCUUCUCUUCGUCUUCCUCUUCUCGCUGCAACAAAGCGUCUCCCUAUUAGGCACAUUGUUGAGAACAGGAAUAGUCUCGUUAGUUCUCUUCUCCCUAGUGUAACUGUUGUUAAAGCUUAGCCGAGAUGCAGGGAGAGAGGGCCAGUCUCGGCUAUUUAUCAGAGGCCUUGAACUUUGAGCACGGUUCAACCUCAAGUAAUGGUGUGAUAGAUCAUUGGGAGAAUGUUCACAGUCUUGGUGAUAAUGACUUGCAGGAUUACAUGAUUGCACAUUCUGAAUCAAGUACGUCACAUGCAACCUCAAUUUCUCGCGAGCAACAUGAUCUACACAGGUUUAGCCUCGGCGAGGCUAGCUCUAGUAGCACGAAGAAUGAAGCUUCCAGUCACAGCGAGCUGCGAAGAAAUGAAAUAAUUGAUUUAGACCCUGAACCAUCUGGCCCGAAUCAACCUGUUCAGAAUGUUAAUCUGAAUGCAGAAUAUAUAGAUCUUCACGAGGAUAUUAAUCAAGUUAGGGAACGGUCUGGUUUCUUUGAAGGUAAUGGACCAGGGACCAGGGUUUCACAACCAAGCAGACUUUUCGAAGAAAGUAGUGUUAGAACAGGUUCUUCUGCAGAGGGUCGUCGUGCAUCCUGCAAGAGAAAAGUUCUUGAAGGUAGUAUUGGUCAAUCUUCUUCAGGAGGUUAUCGUGAUUACCACCAUGGAGAAAGCAGUUCAUGGACCCCAGCUUCUACAGUCUAUAGGCCAGGAAAUGGUUUAAACAUAUCUGGCUCACUUGACCAUGGUCCAAGAGGACUAGUCUCUGGUACUGUUCCAAAUUUUCCUGUUUCUGCAGUUGCAGAGAGCUCCAGUACUAGAAAUCCCUCAGAUCAGCAAGAAACUGUAAACCCAGCUGCCUUUUCUGCGGGAACUGUUAUCAGGCGACCCGUCCCUCCAUCGCAGUCUAACUUAUCAAGACUUCUACCAGCAGAUCAACAUAUGUUGGACUUGAGUCAGGGACAAUCUUUAGGCAAUGUCUUCUCUCGUAACUCAAAUGCUCAUGCUAUGAGCAUACCACCUGUUUCAAGGAAUAUGCUACCACCAUUUCAGUGGACUGAUGGCUCACUAGCGGGUGGAUCAUCGAACUCUACUGCGCCCGUUGAGAGAAAUCUUCAUUUAGAUGAAACCCGGUCAAGAAGCGUAUCAGGAAACAUUCUAGAGAAUCCCUUGUUUAUUCCAGCUCCUGAAAUCAGGAAUUUAGCUCGCGGUCAGAGUAGCAGAAAUGCAACAAGUGGAAGCCUGAAUAUCGCAUCAUCAGUGUCCAGGACAAGCUCAACCAUAGGUGUUCAACCACCAUCUUCUAAUCUAGCGUGGACCCCUUACCAGAAUAUACCUCAUCAUCAAAGAAGAAGAUCCGAACUUGUCCGUAGGUCAUUGAUUUCUUCCCUUGCUGUAGAUACUACAAACCAGAGAUCUGGUGAUCAUUCAACACUUCGUUCGUUGGCCCCUGCUGCCCCUCCGGAUGGGCUUGUACUUCAGCCUGGUGGUGAUACUAGUCAAAUGCAUAGUCGGGCUUAUUCGAGAGCAGGUCCGUGGUUUGAUAGGCAAGGGGAUAGUGUGGUUGGGGUUCCUCAAUCUUUUCGGGCCUUAGCUGCUGCAAGCAGAGGAAGAAGUAGACUUAUGGUAUCCCAGAUGCAGAAUGUCUUGGAUGUCAUGCGUAGGGAUCCUAAUAAUAACUUGCGGCUUGAGGACGUUAUGCUUCUAAACCAGUCAGUGCUGUUUGAUGGGGCUGCUGGUAUGCAUGACCGUUACAGAGACAUGCGACUUGAUGUAGACAACAUGUCAUAUGAGGAAUUGUUGGCACUAGAAGAGCGGAUUGGAGAUGUUUGUACCGGUGUAAACGAAGAAAUCAUAUCAAACCGGUUAAAGCAGCGAAAAUACAAAAGCAGCAGCACAAAAUCUCCACAAGAUGCAGAGCCAUGCUGUAUUUGUCAGGAAGAAUACACCGAAGGAGAAGACACGGGGACGUUAGAAUGUGGUCACGAUUUCCAUAGCCAAUGCAUAAAAGAAUGGCUGAAACAGAAGAAUCUUUGCCCAAUCUGCAAGACCACAGGCUUGAACACAGCGAAGAAGCGGAAAAUAGAAUGAAUGAUCAUUCAAAAGAGCUUUUUUUUUUUUUUUUAGUUUGUUUGCAAAAUCAGUUUAUAAACUACAAAAUGAAAAGAAACAGAAGACACCCUCAAGCUCCCACCAUUGCAGAGCCUCUCACCAGAAUGCUACCACUGGCAAGUUAGUCCCAACUUCGUAUGUUCUUAACGCCUGAAACUGGACACUCUCUAUCAGUGGUUGGUGGAAGGAUUUGUGAUUGAAGGGAAAAGAUGGAGGGUGUGAUAGGGAAAAUGUUGGGAGAAUGCAUUUUUUUUUUUCUAUGUAUUUAUUUGGAUAAUUUAACUUUUACCCAUUGUCAAUUAAUUUUAUGAAACCAUUGAAAGAAGUCGAUUUUGAGAUUCCCUUAUAAAGGAUUACUAGAUUUUAA